GACGAUGCUCUGCCCUUUUUAGGCUUUGAUAUUUCGAGCUUCGUGAAUUCUGUUCUUGACUCCACUCUCCUUAAUUAAGAAAAAUACCUGAAUUCAUGGGAGAGUUCAGAGCACUAGAUUUUGAUAUUUGUUCCUGUUUAUGAUUUUGUCUCCAAGUACUUUUUUUGGGUCCUCUCUUAAGUUAUGUCUAUAUAAUAACAGCCCUGUUUUGGGCAUGCCAUUUAGUUUGCUCUCGCUGAAAGGAAGGUACUUUUAGAUUCAUUAGCUUUUCCGGUGAUCGGAAGAUUUGUUCUUUUUGGUUUUGUGGUGAGGGGAAGAUAAACAGAGGUGGAAAUGGAAAGUGGGUUUUAUCCGACCUCGAUGAAUGGACUGGAGAAUGUAGAGGAGGAAGGAGAGCUGAGAGCCACGGUGUCGUUACCAUUAAUUCCUCAGCCACAAACACCCAAGGAGCCGAUGGAGUUUCUGUCUCGAUCAUGGAGUCUUUCCGCUUCAGAAAUUUCUAAAGCGCUUGCCCAGAAGCAGAAGCAGUUUCGUUUUGAUGACAAUUCAAAUUCAUUUCUGGAAUCCUUCGUUUCCCCACAAAUCCAGGCAGGGAAAGUUGUGAAUUCGAUAAAUGGGCGAAAAACAGGGGCGAUUGGGAAAUGGUUUCAUCACCACAAGGAGUUUAGUUCCGGUGCAGGGAAGAAGAAAGAUAGGGUCCGUGCAGAAAACGCCAGGAUACACUCCGCCGUCUCAGUUGCUGGUCUAGCAGCUGGCCUGGCUGCGGUGGCCGCCGCAGGAAACUCCAGCGGUACAGGCUCAAAAAUGAAUGUUGCAUUGGCGUCGGCAACAGAGCUUUUAGCAUCGCAUUGUAUUGAGUUAGCUGAAUUAGCAGGGGCCGAUCACGAUCGUCUGGCUUCUGUUGUCAGAUCGGCUGUUGACAUUCGCAGUGCCGGAGAUUUGAUGACCCUCACAGCUGCAGCUGCCACUGCUUUGAGGGGAGAGGCAGCUUUGAAAUCAAGAUUGCCUAAAGAAGCAAGGAAGAACGCAGCUAUAAGUCCUUACGAGAGAAGCAUCGCAGAAGCUCAAUGGUCUGCUGCUGCUGCUGCUUUUCAUACUCAAAUCAAGGAGCAGAAUCCCCCUUGUGAAGGUGAACUUUUACAGCUCACGCAGAAAGGAGUACUGCGAUGGAAACAUGUCUCUGUGUACAUUAACAAGAAAUCCCAGGUCAUAGUUAAGCUGAAAAGCAAGCAUGUAGGAGGAGCUUUCUGCAAGAAGAACAAAGGUGUUGUUUAUGGAGUCUGUGAUGAGACAAUGGCAUGGCCAUACAAAAAAGAAAGGGAAAAUUCUGAUGAACUCUAUUUCGGGCUCAAGACCGCACAAGGUAUUCUAGAAUUCAAGUGCAAGAACAAGAUUCAAAAGCAGAAAUGGGUUGAAGGGAUUCAUAACCUUCUGCAUCAAGUUAACUACUCUGAAACAACUGAGCUUUCUCUUGAAUCUUUGAAUAUUAAUGAUAGUAUAUAGUGCAUGAUCCAUUGUUGAUAUGCAGUUCAAGGCAGAGGAAAGUUUCUACGUUUUUCCCCCCUUUUUUUUUCCUUCUACUGUCUUGAGAUGAAGUAGUACAUAUAGAAACUGUCUUUUAUAUAUGCUGGAGAACAGGAUAUGUGAAGAGUGAAUAUAUUUUGAAUGGAUAAUUCAUAUGGAUAUGAUUCAAGGUAAAUACAGAAUCAAAUUAACUCUCACCU